UCAUGGCCCAGGAAGAGGUGACUUGUAGUCUGGAUGUCACUUCGGAGUCGUUCGACCCCCUUCUAGCCCUCUACUCUCCCUCCACUCCGCUCCCGUUCCCGGACGUGCGCUGCUUUAACAACUUAGCCGAAUAUGAGAGCUUCCUGCGUGGAGGCGGGCGGGCGAGGGGUCGGGCACGGGGGGCGCCCAAGGCGGCAAAGAAGGGACGGAAGCCGGCGCCGGACCCGGAGCGAGUGGAGAGGCUGAAAAAACUGAUGCUGCCCGCGGAGGGCGAUGCAGAGCCGAGAAGACCUCCCCGAAGAAGCAAGCGGGCGCCGAGAAAUGUGCUCACCCGGAUGCCCUUGCAUGAGGGAAGCCCCGUAGGACGUCUCUACCGCUGCAUACAGGAACGCCUGAAGGUCAAUGUCCACAUCCGCACGUUCAAGGGUCUGCGCGGGGUCUGCUCAGGAUUUAUCGUUGCCUUUGACAAAUUCUGGAACAUGGCAAUGGUGGAUGUGGAUGAGACUUACAGGAAACCAGUCCUUGGCAAAGCGUUUUACAAUGAGCCCCAGCUGACUCUCACCCGGCUAUUCGACAGGCUGAAACUUCAGGAGUCAGGAGAGCAGCCAUCUACAGAAAAACCAUGUGCUCCAUCAAAGAGACUAGAACUUCCACAUAAAGGUUCUCCGCCUGGAGAGGACAAGACCGCAGCCACUAGUAGAGAUAUAAGGAGAGCCACUCAGGAGCCAGGACAGGGCCAAAGACAAGGAGAUGUGAAAACGAAAGAGCGGACUAGACGGCGGAAGGAGAAGAUUGACUAUCAGCAAGCGUUUAAACGUCACAUGAAGCAGGUGUUCAUUAGAGGCGAGAGCAUCUUAUUAGUGCACGUCCCUGAAUGACGCCGCCAUAUGGGGGAUGUAUGAGGACAAUGUUGUAAAAGGAAUUCUGGUGGAGUUUCUUUGGGACAAUGAAUCCAUAUAAAAGGGUUCAGUGGGCAUCACAUGCCGUGCAUGGACCUUAAGUCUUUGAUUUGUAGCUUUAUGGUAAAAAUAAAGCUCAUAAGAGCGCAAUCACGUGACAGCAUGUCCGGUCCCAGUAGAGGGCUGUUUGAGAAGUAUGGGUAUAAUGUGGACUGAAAUUAUCAGCAGUUUUAUGGCUUAUACCUUUCAGUAUGCAGCAUGUGGAUGAGCUGUCAGUACAUACCUCGGUAUUAAAGGAAGAGCACUGUAAAUUCCUUCUGUUGAUUCAGUUGUUUUUGCCCCAUCCA